AUGGAAGAGGGAAACACACACGUGGAGUCGGACGACAAGCAGGUCUGUGAAAUGCACACAGGAAGAGAAACUCACAUGAACAAGAAAAAAGUAUUCUACAUUGUGCAAGAAGUACCCUACGCCGAUUUUUACAAUUUUGAAUAUGAGUCAAUUGAUAGGUUUAGGGGGUCAGGAGAAACGCAGUGCAUCGACGGGGAGACAUCUUCUUCCUCCGCUUCAUCUUCCUCCUCAUCAUCGUCAUCACCAUCAUCGUGUGCUGGACUUGGUGAUGAGAGGACGGGAAAGAGGACACAUGCACGUGGCCGUUGCGCCGGUCACCAACAGACAAAUAGUGCAGAAGACGAAGGGGAGAAUCACGAAUGUGUAGAGUAUUACCAAAGGGGGGAUACUUCCAAUAGAGUCUGUCGCCCAGGUGGCGAACCCCAAAAAAGCGAGGCGAGUGAAGAGUAUACCUGUUCGAAUAAACUGGGUAGCGGGCGAACAAAUUUGAAGAAGAGCGAAAAGGGAAAAAGGAAAAAUGAAUUCCUGAAGCAGUGCGAAUUUAACAGCGAUGGAAGUUGCUACUACACCAUUUCGAACAGCAACUGUUUGAGACUUUUCGCCACGGACCUCUUAUUAUUAAAUGAGUUAGGUAGGAGUAGCAGUGGCAGGGGCAGUAGUAGGGACAAUGCAGAGGGGAGCAUAAACCUAGAGGAAUUACAUGCUAAGUACGAACAUAUGGACAUUCAGGAGAAAGAGAAAAGGAAGACUAGUUGGGUCUGCAUGCAGUUGGGUGAUCAUAUAUACGAUUGUAAGUUUUACCCUUUCUUUGAUUGGAGUAACAGUAACACGUGCUUCUUAGCAGCCUGUUCGAAGGGCAACCCUGUAUGUCUGUACAGUGCGUAUGAUGGGUCGUCCAUCAUGUCGUUCAAAACGUUAAACGAAUGCCACGAGAUGUGUAACUGUUAUUCGUUGUGCUUCCACCCCGAGAGGAAUUGGCUUUUAUGUGGAACCAACGCCAAGUCCAUUAAGGUGUUCGAUAUUGAGAAACCGAAUGAAGUGUACGAGAAUCGUAUCCUAAGCACAAGGAAAGGGAAAGGGCAAAAAGGAAUCAUUUCAACCAUGACCUAUAAAAAAAAAGGGUACGGGCACAACGCAAUUUAUGCUGUUGGGGAUUACAAUGAUUGUAUACACGUGUACGCAGACAACUGUGACCAUAAAAAUGAUUUCAUUUUAAAAUUUCAAGUUGAUAAAAAAAGCUCGAAUGGAAUAACUUGUAUAAAAUGGCUAGAUGAAUUUUCUCUCCUAAGUGGAAGUAGAAAUGGGUCCUUUAUUUACAUGUACGACAUGAGAAAAAGUACAGAGUAUGUGCACAAGUGGCAGAGAUUUGCCUUAACAAACCAAAAGUAUUUAUUUGAUGUGUACAAAGAUUUCCUCAUCAGUGGUGACACCUUUGGCUAUUUAAACGUGUACCACUUGAGGGAAAAUAAACUCAUGUACAGGCAGCAAAUUAAUAAGUACUCUCCAAUAGUGUCCGUUGCUGUGCAUCCUAUAUAUCCCCUCCUUUUAACAGGAUCAGGCACCAGACGCUUUUAUGAAAAUAAUAACAGCAAGGUUGAUAUAAUGGCCAGUGUGUUUAGUCAUGGGAUGGACACGUCCGAUGAUCAUCUAAUGGACGACGGGGCGUCUUCUUCGAUUUCCUUCCCCACCAUGUCGCGGUAUAUAAACAGCGCUUGCACAGUUUGGUGCGAUUUUGUUUAG